CAGAGGCUGCACAGUCCGCCAGAGUCGCAUGGACUGCCGUGCAGGGCGCAGCUAGCGCAGCUCGACGCCAACACCACCCGCGUCAACGGCCACCGAGUCGCGGCCGAGUGGACCCAGUGUCGCGAAUCGGUCCCAGUGCAGCCAAAUGCAGGCGUGAUGGCGAGCCCAUCGCACGCGGCAGUGACAGAGACCCAGUGUGUGUGAGUGUGUCUGUGCGACCAAUAAGUGCCCACCGGCGACGGGAAGACUGGGAGCAGUCCAGGAUACUGCUGCGGCUCAGCGGCAUGGAUAACAGCAGGCGCCCGGAGGACAUCGAGAUGGAGGGCCGGCCGUGCGCCGGCUACAGCAAUGGCGGCUACCGCGCGGACGACCUGGAGAGGAUCCGCGAGGAGCUCAACACCGCCCUGCGCACCGCCCCCGAGCCGGCCGCCCCCGUCGCACCCCCCGCCCCCGCCGCCCCCCGCGGCCCGCGCGUCGCCGCCAUCUGCAUCAGGAACGCCAAGAAGAGCUACCCGCUGGGCUCCGGGGUGGUCCUGGACGGCUUCAACAUGACGGUCGCCGAGGGCAGCAUAUACAGCCUCCUCGGCGCCAGCGGGUGCGGCAAGACCACGGUGCUGAGCUGCGUGGUGGGCCGCCGCCGCCUCAACGAGGGCACCAUCACGGUGCUCGGCCUGGCCCCCGGGACGCCGCGCUCCGGCAUGCCCGGGCCCACCAUCGGCUACAUGCCCCAGGAGCUGGCCCUGUACGGCGGCUUCACCGUCACAGAGACGCUCAAGUACUUCGGCUGGGUGGCGGGGAUGUCCCAGGAGGACAUCGACGAACGCACCGCCAAACUACUCAGCCUUUUAGAAAUACCGACUGAAUAUAGACUAGUUAGAGAUCUAAGCGGCGGGCAGCAGAGGAGAGUGUCUCUGGCCGUCACCCUCAUCCACAGACCCCCCAUCGUCAUCCUGGACGAGCCCACCGUCGGCGUGGACCCCGUGCUCCGGCAGAACAUUUGGGACCUGCUGCUGAGCAUGACGCGCGACGGCCACACCACCGUCGUCAUCACCACGCACUACAUCGAGGAGGCGCGGCAGGCCGACACGAUCGGCCUGAUGCGGAACGGCACACUGCUGGCCGAGGACCGGCCGGACCGCCUGCUGGAGCGCUACGCGUGCGACACCAUGGAGGAGGUGUUCCUCAAGCUCAGCCUGCGGCAGCAGCGCGCCCUCGCCGCGCCGGCCACCGAGACGACCACGGCGACGGUCCCCGUCUCGGUCCCCGUCUCGGCGCCGGACGCUGCCGAGAUGGCGGUUGAGGGCGCGGCGGCGGAGCUCGACCAGAAGGACGAGCCCCCCGUCCUGGAGGACGCCCGCCUGCUGCACUGCAAGCCCGUGCACCUGACCAACCACUGGAACACGCUGCCCUGCCUGUGGAAGAACCUAACCUACAUGAAGAGGAACGUGGUGCCCGUGCUGUUCGUCGUCAUCCUGCCCAUCAUCCAGUGCGGCCUGUUCGGCGUGACGGUGGGCCGCGACCCCAAGGACAUGCGCCUGGCCGUGGUGAACGACGACGUGCAGUGCACCUACAGCAGCAACCUGGCCGGCGGCGUGGACUACAAGGGCUUCCCCGGCUACCCCAGCAACUGCACCACCAAGACGCUGCGCUACCUCAGCUGCCGCAUGCUGUCCAUCAUCGACGACGACCGGAUAGCACUCGAGCCGUUCCCCAACAUCCCCUCGGCGCUGGAGGCGGUGCGCGCGGGCAAGGCGUGGGGGGCGCUCUACUUCCCCGCCAACUACUCGCGCUUCCUGGCGGCCCGCCACGUGUGGGGGCGGUACGCGUCGGACAAGGCGCUCAACCACAGCGAGAUCAGCGUCUGGAUGGACAUGUCCAAUCAGUACAUCGGCUACCUGCUGCAAGCCUCGCUGUCGCUGGCGGUGCUGCGCUUCACGCGCGACAUCCAGGAGGGCUGCAUGUGGAACACCAAGGCCACGCCCGUGCCCGUGCGCAUCAUGGACCCCGUGUACGGCCAGCUGGACCCCAGCUUCCAGGACUUCUGCCUGCCCGGCAUGAUCGUCACGACGGUGUUCUUCAUGGCGCUGCUCGUGACGGUGGGGUCCAUCUUGGAGGAGAAGAGGGACGGCCUGAUGGCGCGCAGCCUCUCGGCGGGUGUCACCAUCCACGAGGUGCUCGCCGCGCACGUCCUGGUGCAGAUCGUGCUCAUGAUCAUCGCCAUGGUGACCGCACUGGUGAUGCUGCUGUGCGUCUUCCAGCUCACCAACAACGGCCCCCUGUACUGGGUCGUCCUGCUGUGCUUCCUGCAGGGGCUGUGCGGCAUGUGCCUCGGAUUUUUCAUCUCCUGCCUUUGUGAGUCCGACAUGGCCGCUACGUACAUGGGUGUGGGCACCUUCUUCCCACUCAUUUUUCUCAGUGGCAUGGUGUGGCCCGUCGAGGGCAUGCACUCCCUGCUGCGGUCCAUCGGGUGGGCGCUGCCGCUGACGCAGGCCACCACGUCGCUCAGGAGCAUCAUGGGCAGGGGCUGGAGCAUCGACCAGCCCGCCGUGUACCUGGGCUUCGUCUCCACCGCGGUCUGGAUCGCCAUCUUCGUGAGCAUCACCCUCAUCACGCUGCGCGUGCAGAAGAGGAUCUCAUAAGCGAACCUUCCACGCUCUGGCUUCCCCUUCUCACGCCCUGCGUGACGAUCUCGUGGACGGAAAGCAUAGACUUUACAAGAUUGUACCGCCGUCUGUGUCAAAGGGUCGUGACCGAUUUCAGGGCUAUUGCCCUCCCCACCCCCCCUCUCUCUCUCAGGCACCCUUUUUCCUCCCAAAAAUGUCGCCUUUAAAUUUUGACAAAAAGUACCUUUUGGCCCACGACACUUCCCUGCUGCGUCGUGUGUCCUGCUACACUUCACUACCCCUCUUAGAUUUUAUAUUGAUGGCUCAAUGUAUGAAAAAAAUGUAUGUUUUAAUUCUAGUCUUCUUCCAUUGUGAUAGGUCUUAAAAGCAGAAAUAAGGGAGAAUUUUUUUGCAGGGUGCGUAAACUUAACAAAAUUGAUUUUGACAUUUUCCUUGAUAUCUCUAAAGUACAUGGUCAAAGUCAGAGUGCUCAGGAAGAUGAGGAACCCAAUUAUGUUGAGUUCACACAUCCUGUCUUUUUGUACAAUACUGUUUUAGUACUGUAUCAAGUGUAAGGUGUCAUAGAAGGUAAAAUCAAAUUGUAACAAUUUUGAUUGCUCAAUGCUGUGUCCCAUGUUCCUGUCGGAUCAGCACUAGCUCCCCAGUAGAUAAUCUCUCUCACUCUACUUGUUGCGUGUGAGGGUGACCUCUUCCCGAUUUCCCGAUGUAGCUGUAGGAGAACACUGUCUGCACAUUUUGUAAAUAUCCAGAGAUGUGUUGAUAUAAAAGGAAAUUUAAAUGCAAUUUAAAUGCUGCAUCAAGAUAAUAAAACUAAGUUAAGGUGAGAAUGCAUU